AAUCAGAUAAAUAAAAUAUAAAUAUUUAAAAGCGAAGCAAAUUUUAUGCUAAGUUAUUGUAAGUUUCUACAUCGAAUCAGAAGACUAAAAUGUAUAGUUCAUUUGGCAAACUUGUGUUUUUGGCUCUAUUACAAAUAAAUUUAGCUGACAAUGACUAUAAAAUAAAUGAUAAAUCAUUCCCUGAUAAUUUUAUCUUUGGCGCUGCAACGGCUGCUUACCAAAUAGAAGGUGGAUGGAAUGAAGAUGGAAAAGGGGAGAACAUUUGGGAUAGAUUCACACACGAAUAUCCUCAGUAUAUUCUUAAUGAAGAUACUGGCGAUAUCGCUUGUGAUUCGUACCAUAAAUAUGAAGAAGAUGUCGAAAAGUUAACAUAUUUAGGUGUUAAUCAUUACCGGUUUUCUAUUUCAUGGUCUAGAGUCUUGCCAAAUGGAUUUUCGGACAAUAUUAACCAAAAGGGAAUUGCUUACUACAAAAACUUAAUAGCCAAAUUAAAAGCUAACAACAUCGAGCCGCUUGUGACUUUAUACCAUUGGGAUUUGCCACAAACUUUACAAGAUUACGGUGGUUUUCACAACGAUAGUUUUAACCAGUGGUUUGCUGAUUAUGCCAGAGUAUGCUUUGAAAAUUUCGGUAAAGAUAUUAAAUAUUGGAUCACUUUCAAUGAACCCAAAUAUGCCUGCACUGGAUACGGCACAGCCACUUUUGCACCUGGAGUGAAUAUGCCCGGCGUUGGAGAGUAUAAAUGUAUGCAUAAUUUGCUCAAGGCACAUGCUGCUGCUUAUCACGUUUAUCAAGAUGAAUUUAAAACUGAUCAAAAUGGAAAACUUGCAAUAGCAAAUUCUAUUUCUGGUUGCCUACCAGCAACUAAUAAAACUGAAGACGUAGAAGCAGCAAAUCGGGAAAUGGAAUUCACGUUGGGAUGGAUAUCGAACCCAUUGUUUUAUGGUGAUUAUCCAGAAAUCAUGAAAUCCCGUGUAGCUUAUCGUAGUGAACUAGAAGGCUUCACAGAAUCUCGUCUUCCUACAUUCACUGAAGAUGAAAAAGCUUUCAUUAAAGGUACCUCGGAUUACUUUGCGGUAAAUACAUAUUCCACCACUUUUGCCGCAGCUGCUUCCGAGCCAGAAAUUGGAGCUCCUAGCAUAGCUUCCGAUUGUGGAGUUGAAGUACAAUAUGCUGAUGAUGAUCACAAAUUUGAUGGUAUGACCUAUUUGAUGGAAUGGGUUACAGAACAUUAUAACAAACCAGCUAUUAUUAUUACCGAAAAUGGACUUGGGUUAAGUUCAAAUUCGUUAGAAGAUGAGGAAAGAAUUCAUUUUAUUAAGAACUCAAUGAGUCGUUUCAAAGAUGCUCUCGAUAAGGGUAUUAACGUAUUUGGUUACACUACUUGGAGUUUAAUGGAUAAUUUUGAAUGGACUCAAGGAUACAGCAAAAAAUUCGGCUUAUAUCACAUUGACUUUAACAGUCCCAACAGAACUAGAACAGCCAAAGCCUCAGUUGAAUGGUACAGAAACGUAAUUAAAACACGUUGUCUUUUGGAUAAAUGUGAAUCUUGAAUAAAUUAUGUAUGUUGUACAGAUAUUUUAUAAAAUAUUAGUAUUUCAAAUUUAAGCAGCGUUGUUUUUUCCUGUUACAAAAAUAAACCUAUUUUCUCAUAA